AAUGCCCUGCGCCUCCGGGCGCCGAGCGUCGGCCGGGCCUGCGCGCGCUGGCAAGAUGUCGGCCCCUGUGCCCCCGACCCCGCGGCGGCGGCUCUGCACCUGAGGAGACCACGGGCGGCCAUACUGCAGCCGGGGUCCCAGUCCUUGUCGUGGGACCGGCUGCCCAGGGACUCAGUGCUGCACAAAUCCGAGGGCGCCAGGCUUUCCCGCGCCAGAGCAGCCUGUGAGGACCACCCUUCCUCCUCCCCAGACUGCACCGCACCCCCCGCGCCCCUAGAGGGCUGCGUCCUGGCGCGCACUCAUGAAGAGUGACCCCGCGACCUCCGCAGCCCCGCUGAGGGCGCUCGGGGGCGCCCUGCGGAGCAGCGAGCCGGUGCGUGCCGUCCCGGCCCCUUCGGCGGCCGCGCUUCUGCUGGAGGAGGCGGCCGACCUCCUGGUGGUGCACCUGGACUUCGGCGCGGCGCUGCGCACCUGCGAACGCGCCUGGCAGGGCCUGGCGGAGGAGCCGGCGGGCGCCUCCUUGGAGGUGAAAUGCUCUCUGUGUGUUGUGGGCAUCCAGGCCCUGGCAGAAAUGGAUCGUUGGCGGGAAGUCCUGUCCUGGGUUCUUCAAUAUUACCAGGCUCCUGAGAGGCUGCCCCCCAAAGUCCUGGAACUGUGCAUUCUUUUAUACAGCAAAAUGCAAGAGCCUGGAGCCAUGCUGGAUGGAGUCCGUGCUUGGCUUCAAUACCCUGACAACCAGGGCCUUCCAGAGUAUAGAUCCUUAGCAGAACUUCACCUGCAGCGAGUGCUACUUCCUCUGGGCCUCCUGUCAGAGGCUGAAGAGCUGGUGGUGGGCUCUGCAGCCUUCAGCGAGAAACAGCGGCUGGACGCGCUUCAGGCCGUGAGUGCAGCGAGGCAGCAGCAGACACAUGUGCACUCUGGCUCUGAGGAGACGCGGACACUAAACCAGGAAGGCUCCUCCUCCCACAAGUUCCUGUCUCUGCUGACAUUGCUGCGCCAGCUCUGGGACUCUGCAGUCAGCCACUUCUUUUCUCUGCCCUUCAGUAAGAGCCUGCUGGCCGCCUUGCUCCUUUGCCUCCUGGUGUUGAGGUUUGAUCCAGCGUCUCCGCGCUCCCUGCCCUUCCUCUACAAGCUGGCUCAGAUCUUCCAGCGGAUCCGUGAUGCUGUGUCUCCUCCUCUCUGCCGGCUUCCCAUCCAGCACUGAGUGGUCUUCCCUGCUCGCCUCAACCCCCUGCUCCUGAAGCCUGCCGGAGGAGCAGAGUCGCUCGUCCUUGGCAGCCUGUUUCCUGCAGCUGAAUGAGCCCUGCCAGCGCGGCCAGCCUAAUUCCAGGGGCACCGUGUCAGGCUACCUCAACACCCUCCCCUUUGCGCCCCUCUCUGGUGGGCCUGGCAGGUGUUGUGGAGACAAGAUGCACAGCCCUGCAGAGGCCCCUGCAGAGGAGGGGUUGUGGGAAGGGAGUGCUUCCUCCUUGGCAUUCCUUGACACGAUCCGUCUUCCUGCAGAGGCAGGGGUUGGUCUUUCAGGCCAGAGGUUCACGCAGCUGGAAAUUCAGAGCAAGGUCCUGGUUGGGGGACCUUGGCCUUUCACUUGCAUGGAACACAGCUCUGAAGGUGGUCCCCGGGACAGGCUCCAUAGUCUAGUCUGGCUUAUCACUCCCCACUCCUUGCCCAGCCCCGAGAUGUGCCGUGGGCUGCCCUCUGCUCACACUGAGUGUGGCUUCCUGAGCCUCAGGUCCUCUUCUAACUGGGUAGGGGGAUCUGGCAGCUGCCUCCUGGGCUAAGCUCAGUGUUCCAGCCAUCAGUGGCCAAGCGGGGCUGCGUGGGGAGGUGUCUGUGCCCUCUCCCACCUGUUGCCCCCCGCCGCCCUCAAGGUGAUGGAGCGUGCUCUGCCUCGCUGUUUCCUUCAGCUUUGCUGCAUCCCUGGCACGCCCUGUUGCUGGCUCCCCCCUUUCUGUGUCCUGUUCCAGUUAUGUUCUGCUGUUCGUAUAACACACAAGUGUUUCUGCUCCUCUGUCCUUGGAAAAUAGGCCAGCCUCCAAAGCUGAUGCACUGAAAAUGGAGCGGAUAAUCAGGGGAGCUGGAAGGAUGUGUGGAGGGGGCUGGGCAGAGGGGAGGCUUGGGAGGCAGUGAACGAUGUUAUUCCUCGUCUGGGGGCGGGAGACAGUAGGGCCCUGCGAUUGUGCAGCUGAAAUGUUGCAGUGCUUUCUCUCAGUGGCUGCAAGAAUCCUCCCUGUCUCUGUGCGGGGACGUGGAGGCCAUUGCUGUGGGGCUGAGGGGUGGAGGCACCUAGCAGGCCAGGAAAACCAGGGGCUUAUCAGCUUCGCAUUAAGACCCUCAGGAGCUCCAGGUCAGGGGCAUCGCUUUCAUAAAAUGAUGGAGUGAGUAAACUUCAGGCCCUGGGAGGUUAAGUCCUAGGGUGUCGUAAAACAUGCUGAGAGAAAGGAAGCCGAUCAGACUUGGGGAUUUCUCCUUUACAGUGAUUUUUAAAACCUGGUCCUGUUCGUGCCACAGAUGGAACUCUUUAGCGGCUUCCCCUGGCCUGAGGGUAAAACCCCAGUUCUUACGGAGUGUAGGGACCGUGGGCACUGGUUUUGGCCAACAUCCCCACCUCACGUGUGGCCUGACCAGCCGCUGGCCUCCAGGAUUUCUGAGCACCUCUGCCUUCUGUGCUUGCUGAUCCUCUGGAGGCCCAGCUCCCCUCUUGCCUGGUGGGUUGCCCCUGGGAAUCUUCUCCUGGCCCGUUGCAUAUGCUUUCUGCAGUGGUGGCCCCAUGCCUUGCGACUGUGGGAUUCUGGGGCCUCUGAAGCUGGGGUGUGUGACUGCAAUGUUGAAGUGCGGGGAGGCUGCCCUCCCACCCGUUGGGGUGUGGCUGUUGGGCAGUGAUUUAACUUCAUUUCUAAGGUGAUUCUCUCACAGGAAUUUCUGGGUGAGUUGGAUGAGUAAAUGAGCUUCCAGGGCAGUGUUAGCAGCUUCCUGCUCCGGGUAGGAGCCCCAUGAGAGGUGGCUGUGUCCUCACUGCCCGGCUGAGGGCCGGGGGUUAGAAGGUGUUCAGAGGCAUGUCAGAGAAUGAGUGGAUGUAACUGACGUGACAGCAGCUUCUGCUUCGGUGUGGGGGAGGGCGGUUGUGUUGUGGAAACCCUGACAUCUGUCGCCCCAAAGCCUGUGUGACCCUGCUCCAGGCCUCGAGCAUCUUGGCUUCCUGUUCGCCUGGUGCUCUGCAGUCUUGUCUGGCAUCCAGCCCUAGCUGCCCUCCUCAUCUGGCAAGGAGCUGGACCCACUGCUCGAGUGGCUGGGCCUUAUCUGGGAAUGCAGCUGCUGCUCUGGCCGGCCUCAGCACAGAGCCUGAUGACAUCUGAAGCGAAGGGCGGGCCACCUGGUCACUCCAGCACCGGUGCUGACCAGGGAGGUCCCCACUAGCUUCAGCCGCCUUUCAACCCUUGAAGUGUGGCUGGGCCAAAUCAAGAUGUUGUGUAAAUAUGAAAUAUACACUGAUUGCAAACACAUAGAGCUAAAAAGAAUGGAGACGAUAAUUUUUAUAUUGAUGGCAUAUUGAAAUGAUAAUCUGCAUAUAUUGGACUAAAUAAAAUCUGUUACUACCUGUUUUUUCCA